AUGCACCAGCGCCCGAAGCCGUCGCUCAAGGGGCGCGGCAAAACCCGGCGCGGAAGCCGUGGCAGCUGGUGCCCCUUAGUCGGGCCGCCGCAUGAGAGGGACACGGAGAUGCUGCUGCUCUGGUUCGCAGGCCAUGCGGUGGCCUCCAGCACGCUGACCUUGCUUAACAAGCAGAUCGCCGUCACCACAGACUUCCCGUGGGUGGUCAUUCUGCUGCAGUGCAUCGGAUCUGUGUUCUUCGCAGCACUGCUGGACGUGCCCCUCGGGACUAUAAGGCGGGUUGAGCGCGCGCACCUGCCCGGGGCCCUGCUGAUCUCCCUGCUGUUCACCACCUGCCUCGUGAGCAGCAUCAGCGGCCUCAACCGCGUCCACGUUCCGAUGGCCGUCGUGGGCAGAAACCUGACGCCGUUCAUCACCGCCGUGCUGGAGCUGACGUUUAUGCAGACGCCUCUGUCCAGCAGGACGCUGUUAUCCUUAGUUGUGGGACUCCUCGGUGCUGGCGUUUAUCUGGCGGGUGACGCCAACUCGAGCAUUGUGGGCUCCCUGUUUGUCUUACUCAAUGCGUGCUGUAUCUCGGUCACAAGCACCGUGGAGAAGUUCGUCUCGUCGCAGAAGCAGCAGUCCCCGUUGGGCCUGUGCCUGCUGCGGAACGCCCUGGCCGUGCCCUUCAUCGGCCUAAUUCUCCUGGGCGACCUGGAGAACAGCUCCAAGUCCCUGCAGGCCAUGCUGGACGCCGGGCCCCGGCUGUGGCUCCAGAUGCUGCUGACCUCUGCGUUCGGCGCCCUCACGGGGCUGUGCCUCUUCCAGUUGCAAUCUAUGGUGACUGCAACGACCGUUCAAGUGGCCGCCCUAUGCUAUAAACUGAUCUCGGUUCUGCUGUCGCUGCUGCUGUUCCCGGCGUCGCUGCGGGAUGUGGGAUGGCUUGCCGCGCUCGGCUACGGACUGUCCACGCUGAGCGCCGCCAUCUACUCGUUCAAGCCCAAGAAUUCGGCCAAGCCCCCAACGUCGCCGCUGGAGAAGAAAGACUGA